AUGAAGGACAGCCAGCAAGACAGCCGAAGCUUUGUCCCAGAAUGUCUGCUCCCCGAAGUCAGCCCGCAGACGAUGUACGACAGAUUCUUUACGCGCAACCAUGUCACGUCUUACCGGUGCCCUAAACGCUGCGACGACUAUUUGGAGUACGUCGGGAAGAUCAAUUACCGUUUCGAAGAUGUGCUCGAGGCUCUGCGGAUUAACUCUGAUGGAUCCGCCACCGAUGCGGUCGCGGCCCGAUAUCUGGUACAUGGCGCUCGGCUGAUGGAAGAGCUCGACCAAAUGCUGCAGGGGAUGAAUCACGACUCGGUGCUGGUCACGAAGCUGUUUGAUCUAUGCGUGCCGAUGUACCUGCCCCGGUGCCUAAUGCCUUAUUCGAAAUUUCAGAACAGUGAUGAGAUGGCAGUGGUUGACAGGUGGAGCCGGGGAUCAGAGCUGAAGGAUUUUGUGGAAUGGCGAGAGACGAUUGCGGAAGCGGAGACUUUUAUCAAGGAGGCACCUGAUGUUAUCACGGUGCUAACAUUGAGACUCGUUGAAAGUGGGCAGCAGCCGGAGGUUAUACUGGAAGACCCUGUAAGUUUACGCAAACGGCGUUCAUAUCGCUAUGACGAUGCCUGA